AUGUUUAACGAAGAAGACUUGGGUUUCUUCACCAACUUCCUAGGCAUCUUCAUAUCCGUGUUGGUCAUCGCGUACCACUUUGUGCUGGUAGACCCGAAGUACGAGAACUGAUCUCCUUUUGUUUAGCAAUGAGACCGUAUUAUACU